UUGACAAAUGAUGUAUAUGUUUUGUGAUUAUUUUAAUUGUUUUCUUUUAUUUGUGAUUGUAAAUAAUCGAUUUUAUUUAUAACGUGUGAGUUUUGAACAUUUCAUUGUGCUUUUGAUCACUGUAUGCAUACUUAUUCUAAUAAGUGCAUUAGACAUUAUUUAUUUACUAAGCGUAAUGUUAUCAUCGUAUAUGUUUACUUUUCUUUUUCUUACUUCAAUUGUGGAAGGUUCAUUUUUUGAUGAAAAUUAUAAAGUUAAUGUAACCAGUGAUUCGCCCGUGGUAGUAGGUGGAACGGUUCGCUUCACAGCAAAAUUGUACGAUUCUGGAGGAAAUCCAGUUACUGGAUCAUUCUUAUUUGAAUGGGAGGAUAAUGGAAUUCCCCAAAAUAUAGCCAGUCAUGAGACAAAAUCUCAGACCGAUUCCUGGAAUGUCACUUAUAAUUCAAAAUAUUAUCCAGCAGGAACUUAUGAGGCUCAAGUAAUCGUAAAAAAACGCAUAUUUUUUAUGUAUGAAGUGGUUACAUCAGAAAGAAUUUACUUUCAGCUUACAAAGAAUCUAAAUGGCAAGUUGAAAGUAACUCAAGACAAUAGAGAAGUUGAUGGCAUUUAUUUAGCUAGCAAUAAAAGUAUUCUGUUUGAGAUUGCUUUAAAAGAUUCCGAUGUAGAAUAUUUGCAUAAUUCAUCUACAUGUGUGUUAACCUACUGGUUAAUUGAUUGCCAAUAUUUGGGUCCGUCUAAAGGUUAUUUUUAUAGCCUUAACUUUACUGUACCUGAAAAACACCACAGCGUAGAGGUUUUAAUUAUAGCUAGUUUUGACCCAACUGGUUGUUCCAAUACAGCAUUAGAAACAAUACAAAACACUUCUUCAAUAACACCGAGUUUGUUAAAUAUUAAUAAAUCAAAUGUAUUGAUUACAUCUGCAGCAAAUGUCGAAAUUAAUACUAAAACAAGCAUGCCAUUGGUCUCAGAGCACAUGGCUUUUAAUAUUCCAUACGUGUGUCAAAAUACUAGCAUUGCUCCAGAUGACACAAAGGCUUACGGUUAUUUUAAGAGAACUUUUACUGUGAAAGCUGGAGUGUCAAAUGUAACUGUUACUGGCAACAACUGGCUUCAACAUGGUGAUAUAUUAUCUUUAAACAUUAAAUGUACAGGAUCUGGUAUGUUUAAUUAUUGUGUGCAUUAUUCAAAGGCACCAUACAACAUUACAGGAAACGAAACGUGUCUUAGUCCUGACACGUCCGAAAAAUGUGAAUUUUCUAUUCGUCACUAUUUCAAGAGUCCCGAAAUGUAUACUGCAAUUAUUGUAAUUUUUAACGAUGUUGGGAAAAUAAUAUCGCCGGUAACAAUCACCGUAUAUAAAGUCAAUAAACAAGCUCAACUAUCUGUCAUCAUUGUUCCUGUAAUAUUUAGUAUCAUAGCUAUUGUUCUUGUAAUAUUUGGUAUUGCUUAUUAUCUGCAAAACAGAUCUAGGUUUAUAGUGGAAGUAGCAGACUUCAAUUUCGGUCGUCAAUAUGCCGACAUGGAAUAUAAAACGUUCACAGAGAGAUUAAAAGAAUCAAUUUCUAAUGCUUUAAUUAGAACACCUUCGCCGAGUCCUUCCGAGCAUUCUGUUUGGCCUCCAGGACAAAAGUACGGAAGUCUUACUUAAAUUUCUUGAGAAUCAUAAGUUUUAUUUACAUUUUUUAUUAUUAUAUUGUUAGUUUAUUAGUAUAAGUCUCUCCUCCUGUUCAAUUAUACAAAAUUAGUAGAGUUUUCAAUAUUUUA